AUGUCUGCAAACCUUCCCGAAGAGGACCUCUCCUGUCCCGUGUGCUGUGAGAUCUUCCAGGAUCCGGUGCUUUUGCCAUGUAGCCACAGUUUCUGCAGGAGCUGUCUGGAGCACUUCUGGGAGAGCGCAGUCUUUCGCAGCUGCCCCGUCUGCAGGAGAAAAGCCUCCAAGAAAAGCCCUCUUUCAAACCGGGCCCUCAAAAACCUGUGUGAAGCUUUUCUGCUGGGGAGAGGCCAGGGCAGUGCAUCUGGAUCAAACACCCUGUGCUGGAGACAUGGGGAGAAGCUCAAACUCUUCUGUCUGGUGGAUCAGGAGCCCAUCUGCGUGGUGUGCCAAGCCUCAAAAAUUCACAAAGGUCAUGACUGCUCUCCCACGGAAGAGGCGGCUCUGGACUGCAAGGAUAAAAUAUGCGCUGCCAUGAAGACACUGCAGCAAAAGCUGGAAGUGUUCAAUAAAGCAAGACAAUCUUCAGCUUUUACUUUGGAGCACAUUAAGAAUCAGGCUCAGCGGGUUGAGAGACAGAUGAAGGAGGAGUUUCUCAAGCUUCAUCAGUUUCUGUAUGAAGAGGAAGAGUGCAGGUUAUCAGCACUGAAGGAAGAGGAAGAGCGGCGGGUCGCGGCUGUGAAGAACAGAGAUGAUGAUAACGCACGGAGGAUAUCAUCUCUUACAGACAUGAUCAGGACAAUGGAGCAAACCAUAAACGCUGAGGAUUUAACAUUGCUCCAGAACUUCAAAGCUACAAUAGAGGGAACAUGGAGCACAUUACAGGAUCCAGAAUGCGUGUCUGGAUCAUUGUUGGAUGAAUCUAAGUAUCUUGGGAAUCUGAAGUAUAAGGUCUGGGAGAGCAUGCAGGCAGUUGCACCUUACAGCCCAAUAAUUCUGGACCCAAACACAGCCCACCCUUGCUUGAUGCUGUCCGAUGACCUCACCAGUCUCCACUAUAGCACCCCAAACCAAGGGCUGCCCAGUAAUCCUGAGCGUUUCCAUAUCAGUGCAGAGGUGCUGGGCUGCACUGGCUUCAACUCAGCAAGCCACAGCUGGGAGAUCGAGGUUGGUGACAAUGAGGACUGGAUCCUGGGCUUGGCCAGCGAACGUGUGAAGAGAGAUCAGGAAGUACCUGCGAGACCAGAGAAUGGCUUCUGGACCAUCUGCCUUCGUGAUGGGCAAUACAGGGCUAUGGCAUCACCCCCAACAGCUCUAAAAGUGGAGGACAAACUGGACAGGGUCUUGGUACAGUUGAACUGGGACAGAGGGGAGGUGAUUUUUUCAAAGCCAUCAUGUCAAGAAAUUAUAUACACUUUCAAACAGGUCUUCACAGAAAAGUUAUUGCCGUACUUCUACACGCAGAGUAAGCAGCCUUUGAGAAUUCUAUCCAAGCCUGUGUUAGUGUCUACAUGAAAAUAUCUUUUAAAAUAGGGACAUUUUCUAUUUUGAAAAUAUAAAUUGUGAAAAUUAUUUUACAUAUACACAUGUGACAGAUACUUAAAGUGAUUUAUGUUUUAUCAGUUAAUCCAUUUCCUGUACAUUAACCCCUGAUCUUGCCAUAUAGUGCCUGUUUGAGCUAAAGCAGUCAGUAGGGUACACUCUUAAAAAAUAAUGGUUCCAUAAGGGGGUUUUCACAUUGAAUGCCGUAGAAGAACCAUUCUUUGUUCCCCAACAAACCUUUCAGUGAACAGUUCUUAAAAGAACCUAUUUCUCUAAAUGUGAAGAACAUUUUAAUAUUCUAAAGAAGCUUUUUUUAUUUCAUUAUGAAAAACCUUUUGUGGAAUGGAACCAUCCACCAGUUCAUGGAACCAUCGAUACCAAUAAAGAACCUUUAUUUUUAAAAGUGUAAUAUAAGCUUUUAAAGGGUUAGUUCACCCAAAAAAAAAAAAAUUCUGUCAUUAAUUACUCACCCUCAUGUUGUUCCAA